AUAGUGGACCAAGAGAAUCCUGUAAAAGAUGAAGAUCCUGAAGAUCAUGAUGCUCUUGAUGGUGGAACUUCAACCACUGCAAGGCACGUCACCUGGGAGGGGCAUGUAGUGACGGUGGAACAACAGAAUGGAGGUUUUCAAAAGAAGCCUUCAAAGAGGGAAAAACCGGAGGAUGAAGAUGGUCUUAGAGAUGAAAUGACCACGCCUAGUGGAUAUGGACAUCUGACGCCCAGUAGAAGCUCCAGUCAUCAAACCUCCUCUGGUACGGUCAGACUGAACACCUCUCAUGGACGAAAGCACAAGGAAAUUCACCUCUGCGUAGACUGUGGAAGGGGCUUCACUUGCCAGAGUGCUCUCAAGAGACAUCGGCGCAUUCACACCGGAGAGAAACCCCAUCACUGCUCAGACUGCGGGAAGAGUUUUAAUCGAGAGAGUACUCUCAAAAUCCACCGGCGCAUUCACACCGGAGAGAAACCGUAUCGCUGCUCGCACUGUGAGAAGAGUUUUUAUCAACAGAGCCAUCUCCAAAAACACCAGCGCAUUCACACCGGCGAGAAGCCGUAUCGGUGCUCACACUGUGAGAAGAGCUUCACUCAGCAGAACGAUCUCAAAACCCACCAGCGCAUUCACACCGGAGAGAGACCCUACCGCUGUUCACUGUGCGGAAAGAGCUUCACCGACCAGAGCCAUCUCAAAACCCACCAGCGCAUUCACACCGGGGAGAAGCCGUACCAGUGCUCACAGUGUGGGAAGAGCUUUAUACAGCGGAGUAACCUUAAAAUACACCAGCACAUUCACACCGGGGAGAGACCCUAUCAGUGCUCGCAGUGCGGGAAGAGGUUCAAUCAACAGAGUCAUCUCAAAAUACACCAGCGCAUUCACACGGGAGAGAAACCGUACCAGUGCUCAGAGUGUGAGAAGAGGUUUAAUCAUCAGAGUCAUCUCAGAACACACCAGCGCAUUCACACUGGGGAGAAACCGUACUGCUGCUCGCAGUGUGGCAGUGGCUUUACAUAUUUAUUAACACUUAAGAAACAUAAGUGUGCUCACUCGGAGGCAUCAAACCCUCCAUCCUCCAGUGCAGCAGGGGGAUUUAAUGCAGCUCCUCAGCUGCUCCACAACCCGACAAUAAACCACAGAAGAAGAAGAAGCUCCAGCGGCUGGUGUGUUUGUACUAAAGUGAAUCAUCUAAUCGUAUUAAAUCAUUUUUUAAUAAUGGAAUCGGCAGCGUUGGAAAGCGACACCUGUGUGCCCACAGAGAACGAAGACUUUCUGAAGAUAAAAAUAAAAAAGGAAGACGAUGAUGAUGAUGAAGGUGACUUGUGUGAAGGUGCGUCAGUCUCAGAGGAACACGUCACAUGUACGGGACACGUCGCUCCAGUGAACCAGCAGAACGGAGAUCUCCACAUGAAAGAGGAAGAACCUGAAGAUAAAGAUGUGAGCUCCACCUUCUUCUGCUCCUUGUGCCCACAUUCCUGUUCCACCCAGAACGACCUCUACACGCACAUCAAGAGGAGCCACUACGAGGACGACGAGACCACGGUGAGACCUGGAGGCGUCGUCCAUGAGGACGUGAUGCCCGACGGAAGCUCCGCUGGUCUGCAGACCCCCUCGGGUGCUCUCGGCCUGAACGAGCCCAACGGACGGAAGCACAGAGAAAUGUACCUCUGCUCGGAUUGCGGCAAAGGCUUCAGCUGCUGGAGUGCUCUCAAAGUGCACCAGCGCAUUCACACCGGAGAGAAUCUGUACUUCUGCUCACACUGCGAGAAGUUCUUCACCGACCAGAGCAACCUCACCAUCCACGAGCGCAUCCACACCGGCGAGAAGCCCUACCAGUGCUCGCAGUGCGAGAAGAGCUUCAAUCAAGAGAGCCAUCUCCGGACGCACCAGCGCAUUCACACGGGAGAGAAGCCCUACCAGUGCUUCGAGUGCGGCAAGAGCUUCAACAACCAGAGCAAUCUCAAGAAGCACCAGCGCAUUCACACCGGCGAGAAACCCUUCGAGUGCUCCGAGUGCGGCAAGAGCUUCAACCAUCAGAGCGCCCUCAAGAUCCACCAGCGCAUUCACACCGGGGAGAAGCCCUACCACUGCGCGCAGUGCGAGAAGAGCUUCCUCGACCCGAGCGCGUUCAAGAAACACAAGCGCGUUCACUCCGGAGAGAAGCCGUACCAGUGCCCGCACUGUGGCAAGUGCUUCAACCAGCAGAAUUCUCUGAAGAAGCACCUGCGCACUCACACUGGAUGAACGCCGACCGUUUCUGAACUCUUCGCUUGAUGCAGUGUUCUCGAACCACGCUAGGUCCUGAUUAAUGUAGCCGUAUCUGUAGCCGUGUUCGUAUUAUUUGGGACGCACCCAUAUUGUGUUACUGUUUAAAUGUCCUGAAGACCAGACCAGACCAGACACCUGCUGGUGGGGUUCUCAUACCCUGGACCUGCUCUUCCAUUAGAACAUUGUGUGUUUUUCUCUUUGUAAUGGUUAAAGUACUGAACACUAACAGUCUGAGGUGAGCAAGGUCUACAGUCCCUUAGACGUUCUGAUAUAUACCAUAUAGAAGCACUUUGUAGUUCUACAAUUACUGACUGUAGUCCAU